AUUACAUUUAGCUGCUUUUUAUGGUCAUAGUCAUAUUAUACAAGAAUUAUUAGUAUUAAAUGUUAAUAUUUAUGUCCGAGAUAAUCAUGAAUCAACACCAUUACAUUGUGUUGCUCGAUGUGUUGGUAUUAAAUGUUAUGAUGGUAUUGAUGCAUCUGUUUGUAUACUUGAUAUGUUUUUAAAAUAUAUUGAAAAUUAUCGAAAAAAUUCUUUUGAUUUCUUAACAACAAUUGAUGGUUUAGGUCAUAAUUGUCUUGAAACAGCUACAAUAUCACGAAAUCGACCUUUUGUUGAAUAUCUAUUAAAUCUUAAUAAUAUUUCUCUAUUUAAAAAUCUUUUACGUAAUGCUCAAUUACUUGAUAUUCAUAAUAAACAUAUUGAUACACCACUUAGAAAAUUAAUAACAUAUAUGCCUGAUUUAGCUUAUCGUGUACUUGAUAUUUUUAUAACACAUAUUGGUAAUAAACAUGAAGCUCAACAUAAAAUAAUUUAUGAUUUUGAAUUUCUUGAAGAUCAUUGUUAUAUACAACAAUGGCAACAACGUAAUAUGGCAUCUCAGAUAAUAAAAAAGAAAUCAAUAAAUAAAUGUUAUUGUCCAAUAUUUUGUCGUCAUAAACCAGUUGAAUUUCAAAAUCAAUUUUUUGAUGAUAAUCAUUGUCGAUCAUUAUUUGCUUAUACAACAAAUCCUUAUACAUUAGUACAUAAUAAUGUACUUUCAGUUAUGUGUAAAUGUGCUAAAGAAAUUGAUUUAAAAGAUCAUGAAGAUGACAGUAAGAAUGUUCAAUAUAGUUAUAAAUUAAUGCAUCAUCCUCUUUGUUCUCAAUUAACACAACUUAAAUGGAAACAAUUUGGACUACCAUUAUUUUUAAUAUUUUUUUCUAUCUAUUGCCUUUAUUUAAUUUUAUUUACAAUACAAAUGUUACGAAAUAGACAACCAGAAUAUUUUUAUCGAUUAGUAAAUGCUUCAUUUCCAAAUGCAUUUUAUUCUCAUGGACCUGCAUUGGUAAAAAAGACAUAUGAGAAUUGUGAAGAAGUUGGUGAACGUCUUGCACAAUUAAAUAUUCAAGAAGCAUUGAAACAACCAGCAGAUCGUAUUAUUAAAACGUUAGUUAUUGUGCUUUUAUGGAUUCAUGUUAUAAAAGAUGCUUUAUUAAUCAUUGGUGUACAUCGAUUUUCUCUUGUAUGGAGAAUUUAUAUGGAAACUGUAACACUUAUUCUUAGUUUUAUCUGUUUAUACGAUGAUAAUCCAUGGCAAGGUCGAUUACGUUUUCGUUGUCCAACACAAUGGCAAUUGGGUGCAUUUGGAGUAUUUCUUGCUUGGACAACAUUAUUAUCUUAUCUUCGUUUUUUUCCUAUAUUUGGAGUUUAUGUUGUUAUGCUUGAAGUAAUUAUGCUUAAAUUUUUAUGGUUUGCUCCAGUAUUAAUAAUAUUAAUUUGUUCAUAUUCAACAGCUUUUUAUAUGCUUCUACAAAAUCAACCUGUUUUUUCUACUAUUCCCUUUGCUUGGUUUAGAUCAGCUUUUAUGGUAUUAGAUACAGGUUAUGAAGAUCGAUUCUUUGGUCCAGAUAGUGAAGCAUACAUUAGCCUUUAUCCAGUUCUUUUUGUUCUUUUUCUUUUCUUUGGUGUUACAAUGACGAUUCUCGUCAAUAAUCUUCUCAUCGCUUUAGCUGUUGGUGAAAUAGCAGAUUUAUCAGCUAUUGCACGUGUACGUAAUUUAACAAGACGAUAUGAAUUAUUACGUGAAUGGGAAAUAUUUCGUUUACAAUUUUUAUGGUCACCUGCUCCACUUCAACUUCGUCAUGAACAUUUUGAAAAAAAAUGGAAUCGACAAUUACAAACAUGUUUAAGAUGGGUUUAUCGUUAUACAUUUCUCAAAACUUAUGAUUGA